GUAUUUAUUUCGAUUAAUUUAUAAAAGUUUGGAAUUAAUAAGCCAAAUUUUAACAUAUUUAAAAUGGCUAAUUUGAAAACAGUUCCACAAGAGUUUAUUCAAAGUGUGUUUCAACCUCAAAUUGGUGUAUUGUCAAGUAAUGAAGCUGAAAAGAUUGUGAAAAAGAAUAAUUUAACAUUUGCUGAAUUAAUUAGUCCUUUUAGUAAAUUAAAAACUGAAGUUUCAUUUCGGGAUCAUGCCGGUAACAUAACACCCAUAAAAAAUUUACAAUUAAGCGUAUCAAAUUUACAACAGAAUCCAUUACCAACAAAUUUAGCAAGAAAAUUACUAAAUUAUGUUGUAAGCACUGCACCAGAUCAACCCUCCUACACAAUUGAUUUACAACCAGCUCCCGUACAAAUUCCACAAUCCACACCAUGGUUUGAAUCAUGGCGUGAUACAUUUUUAAAAGUACAAUAUCCAUCGGAUCAUGAAUUUACGAAACAUUUUAUGGCAUGUAUGAUUGUGAUCUCAUCCGAGGAGGAGAAUAUAUUGGCGACCUUGGAGAAUUUAAAUAAAACAAUUGAUGAAUUGCAAAAUACAACGUCACCACAACGAUUUCCAAAAUUUUUUUCACAAAAUAUUCUACGGUUCUAUGUUGUGUUACAUGAUAAAUGUCAAGGUUCUGCAGUAAGCGCAAAAGAUUCAUUCGAUCAUGUGCGAGGUGUCUAUGGAAUAGAUAACAGUUUUCUAUUACAAAUCAAUUCACGUAAUGCUGAGACAACUGAACCUCCAAUGACAUCGAAUCCAUGGUUACCAUACGUAAACAUUCAUCAAUAUCCAAACGAGUUAAUCGAUACGACCAGCACAGUUGACUCAGACACAAUACAAUCACCAGGUGAUAUAACGACAGCAUAUCAAGUAACUCACAUCGAAACUGAAUCAAUUUCUGAAGACGCAAUUAUUGUAGAUUCAAUUGUGUCACCCACGGAGCAAGCAUUGAAAUCAGUACGUACUAACACCGAUUUGGAUACAUCAUCGAAUGUUAUUUUUCAUCCGUUGAGUCCAAUGUCUGAGCCACAAUCACCGAUACAAGAUGAUAGUCAUAUGGAUACGUUAACGAAGAAUAGUAAAAAUGGGAAUGGAUAUGGUGCGUUUAUUACGUCACAGGAUUUGGAACAAGUACAUCGGUUUAUUCAGGAUUUUUGUAUUAAAGCGUUAAUUCCACAUGUCGAAAAUGAAAUUCAGCGUUUAACUGAUAUUGUUGCAAAUCGAAAAGGUGUAAGUCGCUCAUUAUUUAAUGCAACCAAACGUUGGUUUGUUAGUAAUAAACCAGGAACUGCAGCAGCUACAAAUGUUGCAGUAAAAGUCUAUAACUCGGAUGAUGCCGAAGUUCAGUUACGAAAAUUGGCAGAUUUAUAUUUCAUGUUUGGAAGCUAUGCAUUAGCACAUGAAGCUUACAGUGCGGUCAAACGUGAUUUUUAUUUGGAUACAACUUGGCAAUAUUAUGCUGGUGCACUUGAAAUGGCAUCGUUGUCAUCAUUUAUGAUGGGCGAAUUUUCUAAGAAAAGUUUUGAAUAUUUAGAAGAAGCGGUUAAUAUUUAUUUGACAACAUGUCGUAUGCCACAGUUUGCAACUCGUACAACACUAUUAAGUGCUGAAUGUCUUCGAGGAAUGCAAUGGUGGAAUGAGCAAGCUAAACAAUUAAUAAGAAUGACUUCUGAAGAUUCGGAUUUACGUUCAGCGUUAUUAUUGGAACAGGCUUCAUAUUGUUUCUUGAAUUGUAAACCGCCAAUGAGUAGAAAAUAUGCCUUUCAUAUUGUUUUAGCUGGACAUCGAUAUUCAAAAGCUGGACAACGUAAGCAUACUUAUAGAUGCUAUCAACAAGCUGCGCAAGUAUAUGGUGAUCGACAAUGGAGUUUAGCUGAAGAUCAUAUCAAUUAUACACUUGGACGUCAGGCUGCUUACUUAAAUAUAAUGGAUAAAGCAGCUGAUUCUUUUUCAAAAUUACUGUCUACUAUAUCUCAACAAAAUUCUAUUCAACAAACAACAUUCUUUAGAGAAAUGUUAACUAGCUUCAAUAAUAUCCAAUCUCAAAACCCAAAUUAUCUGCCAAAAUUACCAGUUCCAAUACUUCACGAUGAAAACACAAAAGUUGUUUUACUACCAACCGCACCGUUAUCAGCCCCUGGGCGGAUUCCAGCUACGUCAUUCGUCCUACACAGUAACUUGAAUGAGCUUAUGCAAGCACAAAAAUUUGUCAAAUUAGAAGAAUUAAUUGUCCAUGAAGCUCUGGGUAAUUUACCAUUAAUAUUUCGACCAUCAGCAACGGUUUUUACAACGAAUACAAAUAAUUCUGUUAAACCAUUUGCUGUGGCUGGCGAAACAAUUGCUGUUAUUAUUAAAUUAUCAAAUCCACUGAAAGUUACAAUUACGCUUCGUGAUGUUCGAUUAGUUUGGAACUUUACAACAGUUGAUGGAAUAAGUCAUUGUGAUGAUGAUUCAAUUGUACAUACAGUACCUGUCCAAACUGUUCAACUACGUAUUGAGAAUUCGAUGGAGUUGAUUUUAUAUUUGACACCAAUGAUUGCUGGGGAAUUAGAUAUUAAAGGUAUUACGUUUAGUCUGAAUCCAUCAACCAAUGACGAACAACAAACUUUUAGUUUACCAAGUGUACAAGCACAAUUAGACAUCAAUAUUCAUAAUAAGAAUCAAAAACGUAAAAAUAAUGCAACCUCUCAAGUUGUUGUAGAAGAUUACAGACUAAAUUUAAAAAUUGUCCCCGAAGCACCAUGUUUGCAGGUUACAUUUUCAAAAGUUGAUACAGAACUAUUAACGGGUGAAAUACAAUUCGUUCAAGUUGAAAUGAUGAACAGUGGAAAUUGUACAUUAACAAAUUUACAUUUUGGAACAUCAGUACCUCAUUUAUUAUACUAUGAUUUGAACACACCUGAAGUCCCAAUCAAUGAAAAUAUGUUACCGAAAGAUAUACAUCGAAAACAAUUUGUACGAAAAAUAUCAACACCUGAAUCACUUGAUCCUGGCAAAAAAUUCAAUUUUAAUUUGUAUAUUAAAGCACCAGAUAUAAAAGGACGAUGUACCGUUGAUUGGCUUGUAUAUUAUCAAAGUGUUAAAAAUCAACCGAAAUAUCGUCUUGUAAAACAAUUAUGGGAAUUCACUGUAACAGAAUCCAUGAUACCAUCAAUACAAACAGAAAUUAGUGAAUUUUCAAAUAAAAAUGGUUCAGCUUUAAGUAUUUCAUUAUGUUUAACAAAUCCAUUUCAUGCUGCAUAUGUUCCAUCUACUUUAAUACAACCAUUACAUGCUUAUAUGGUUGCAAACCAUUGGAUUUUAGGCGAUAAAUUUUAUAAUGAUGUAAAUAGAAUAAAAUUGAAUCCAAAAGAAACGCAUGAAUACUUCUUUAAUGCUUUUCGAUCAUCAGAUAAAUCUUGUAUAAACGUAACGUCUUUGAAAUUAAAUACAUCUGUUAAUGAAAUUCCAAUACAAAAUGCCUUAAAUUAUUUUGUGAAAAAUUGUAUUAAUAAUAUUGUUAAGUGCGAUGGUGAUGUUGAAAAAAAUAUUAUACGUUUAUCAAAAGAGUGUGAAAAUGAAGGUAUGAUGGCUGUAUCCUGGUUUGCUGAAAUAAGUGACUUGAAUGGAAUGCGUAGAACUGGUUAUGGUUUUAUAAAAAUGCCUUUAGAAAAAAACCCUAAACUUGUUGAAGAAGAUGAAAUAUUUACUGAACCAUUGGGUGUGUUUCGAUUUAGUAAAUCUGAUUUGGCUAUAGAGGAAAUAAAUAGACGGCAAGAAAUGGUUGAUUUAGAAAAGAAACAAAAGAAAAUUAAAUAUCAUGCAACAUUUCCUUCAAAUAUAAUUGGGCAUGAUUUUAAAAUAUCAAAGAUUUGUGUCAUACCAAUAACGAUUCAUUUAACUAAUUUAUGUGAUGAAAAUUUAAAUGCCAAAAUUGAAUUGCUGGAUCAAACAUAUUCUCACAAGUGGGUUGGACACACGAAACCAUUACAGUGUGUAUUAAAGCCGUAUGGCAUGUAUUCCUUUCAACUACAAUUAGCAUUCACAACUUAUGGCUUGUUUGAUAUAUCCAAUUAUUUUGAAGUAUAUUGUGGACCAGAUAUUAAUGAAGCAGAGAAUACAACACAGAAAGAAGAGAAUGAUGCAAUAUUUAAUUUAAAAUCUAGUCAAAAAUCAAAAUUCACUUUGCAAACAUAUCGCCGAACAGAAAUUCUUUCCAUUAUCAAUAAAAUUCAAGCAAGUCGAUAAAUUUACAUAUUUCAUUCAA